UUGUAUUGCUUUGAGAUGUUGUUUUUAAAAAUGAAUGCGUUUUCACAACGGGAGAGAUUUCAAUGUCGCUAUAAGUGCCUGAGUCGCAGCUUGCAAGAAUUCAGGGGAACGGCACGCACAGGCACAACCCCAUUGUCUUUGGCAAACAACCUGUAAGCGACCACUGUGGCAACAAGUGAACGCAUACUUGAAGUAGAUUCCUGGCUCGAGAUAGAUUUCUGCUUGUUAAGACUUCAUAAUUAAAAGUAACAUCCAAUAAGAACGGCUCUAGAUCAACAUGCAGCCGUGGGAUUUCCUGUUUAAACGUGACUGUGUUAUUUCCUUCGUUAUCUUCCUCCUCAUCUUUUUUCAAAAUUGGGGCACGGCUUUGACGGCGGACGAAGGCGACAUGCGUCUGCCGAAGAAUUUCCUUCCAAUUUCUUACGACAUUAAACUGAUUCCAAUUAUUGAAGAAGGCAACUUUACCACAAUCGGAUACAUAGAGAUUUUGGUGGACUGUUUGGAAACCACGUCCAACAUAUCGAUGAAUAGUGCUGAUAUCACCAUCAACCAGCCUUCAAUAUUGGUCACAAACUUAUUCUCGCAAGAUAUCGUUGAAGUAGCGGGUUUGAUUCUCGAACCUGAUCGGCAAAUAGUUACAAUCCAACUUGCUACUCAAAUCUUGUCCGGUCAGCAGUACAAGAUCUCCAUGAAUUUUGUGGCGGUGCUCAACAACGAAUUGCGAGGAUUUUAUCGAUCAACAUACGAAGAAGAAGGUGUAACAAAGUAUUUGGCCGUCACGCAAUUCUCGGCUCCCGAUGCGCGUCGCUCCUUUCCAUGUUUCGACGAACCAAACAUGAAAGCCGAAUUCACCAUUACACUCGGACGCAAGAAAACCAUGUCGUCCAACAGCAACAUGCCCAGAAUAAAAACUGAGCCCAUGCAAGACAUGGAGGAUUACGUUUGGGAUUUCUAUCAGACAACGGUGAAAAUGUCUUCUUACUUGGUUGGAAUGAUGGUGUCGGAAUUUGCUGGCACCCCGUCGGAAUCAGAGCUUAGUCGUGUCCCGUUUACCAUUUGGACUCGACCUAGUCUAACUAAACUAACUAAAUAUGCUGGGAAUAUUGGACCUCAGAUAAUGAAAUACUUGGAGUAUUACACACAGAUCGAUUAUCCAUUGCCAAAAGUUGAUAUGGCCGCUAUUCCUGACUUUGCCGCUGGUGCGAUGGAAAACUGGGGUCACAUUAAUUUCAAGGAAGCAGAUCUUCUCAUCGACGAACAGAGGUCAUCUGAAGUGGCCAAACAACGAGUGGCUGAAGUUACUGGUCACGAGUUGGCCCAUUUUUGGUUUGGUAAUUUGGUCACGCACGAUUUCUGGAAUUUGGUUUGGUUAAAGGAAGGAUUCAGUCGGUAUUUUCAGUACAUUGGAGCAGAUUCGGUGGAGCCUGGUUUCCUAAUGAACGAGCAAUUUGGUGUGGCUACUCUGCAGUCAGUAUUUCGGGUUGACAGUUUGGAGUCCUCGCGUCCGCUGGAUUUCGGAGUCAACAACUCCGCCUCUUUAAAUACACUGUUUGAUGUCGUCGUUUAUGAUAAAGGCGCUUCUAUUGUUCGGAUGAUGGCCAACUUUUUGGGGCACGAGUCUUUCCGACACUCAAUGACUCGCUACCUCCAUAGUAGAGCUUAUGGAAAUGCCGUACAAGAUGAUUUAUGGCAAGCCAUUCAAGAACAAGCCGACAUUGAUGGUCUCACACUGCCUGCAACUGUGAAAGCCAUCAUGGAUCCAUGGACUAUUAAAAUGGGCUACCCUUUAAUAACUGUUGCGAGGAAUUACGGUGGGUCUGUCGGUGGUAAAAUCACUCAGGGUCGAUUCCUCUUGCGGAAGAGCGCCAAUUCAACUGAAGACACGACGGUUUAUCGUUGGUUUGUUCCACUAACUUUCACGAACGAUUUUACUCUACCCCAUCGAUCAAUUUGGAUAUCUGACACCGAAGACAGCAUGUCAGUAGCAAACCUAUUUGCCGCAGAUGACCAAUGGGUCGUGUUUAACGUCGGUCAAGUUGGAUACUACCGGGUGUCUUAUGACGACACAAACUACGGUUUGAUUCUAAAGCAACUUUCAGAAGACUACACGGCGAUCCCACCUAAAAAUCGAGCCCAGUUGUUGGACGACACACUGACGAUUGCUCGUGCCAACAUUGUUUCUUACGAAAAAGCCAUGGAUUUGACCAAAUAUCUAGCCCUGGAACGUGAUUACGCACCUUGGACAGCUGCCGCAAACGCCCUCGACUUUAUUGACAUUAUGCUUUACGGUUUCGCAGACUUCAAUGAAUGGAAAGAUUACAUGAGUGGCUUAGUCAUCCCACUGUAUCAGUAUGUUGGCUUCGAUGAAGGUGCACAAGACACUCAUUUAUUCGUCUACACGCGCACCCACGCAAUUCAUUGGGCUUGCUUCAAGCUUGACAAUGCCGACUGCGUUCAACACGCCGACGAUGUUUACUCUUCCUGGAUGAGUAGUAUUAUCACUGAAAACGAUAUUUCACCUAAUCUACUGAGACUGAUCUCGUGUACGGCCAUCUCUAACGGAGGCGAUCCAGAGUGGAAUUUCGGCUACCAAAAGUACCUCGCUUCAACGCUUGCCAAUGAAAAACUGGAAUUACUUAAAGCCAUGACCUGCGCCAAAGACCCCGACAUCAUUUACCACAUGCUGGAACUUAUGAUUGACGAUACUUCUGGAAUACGCUUGCAAGAUGCCAAUACCUUAUUCAGUAGCAUUGCGUCGAAUCCAAUUGGUCACGGAGUGGCUCUGGAUUUUCUGAUAACUAGAUGGGAUGAAGUCAAUUCUUACUUCAGCGGGUAUGUAGGAUUUGGAGGAGGAUCUAGCAUGCCCGGUUUAUUCCGUUCUCUCUGCGAUCGAGUCAAUACCAACGAGCAAUUAACUAAGUUGAUCAAAUUACGCGAUGACCAUUUCGACGUCUUGGGGUCUUCCAAGUCAGUCAAACAAGGAGUGGAACUGGCUCAAUCCAACGUACUGUGGGUGGAACAGCACUACUCCGAAGUCAUUACUUGGUUGAAAAAACAAAAGAUUACGUCUAGUUCGGCGGCAAUCAACCCAAAUUAUCUGGCGAUGACAGUGCUAGCUCUCAUCGGCGGUGCUACAUUCUUUAGAAUAUGAUUUUCAAGUUACGUACCCGCUUGAUUAGCGGUCAUUAAUCACCAUCUAUAGCCGCAACAUCCAAUAUAUUUGAUAAAACUUGGAAGCUCUUGAUGGUUUUUGAAUGAAAGAAUAAAUGGAGUGGAGAUGAAA